UUGGCUUCCAGACCAAGGGCACACAGAAUUCAGAGCCUCCCUAGAAGGCACGCAUGGCCUGAAAAACCAAAGGUGUAUCAAGGUGUCCGUGUGAAGAUCACGGUGAAGGAGCUGUUGCAGCAGAGAAGGGCACACCAGGCAGCCUCCGGGGGAACCCUGUCUGGAAGCAGCAGCGUCGACAUUUCAGACCCAGUCACACCAUCUUCUGCAGGACUGUACUUUGAGCCUGAACCGAUUUCUUCCACGCCCAAUUACCUUCAACCCCGAGAAUUUUCUAGCUGUGUUUCUUGUGAAGAAAACUCAAGCUGCCUAGACCAGAUCUUUGAUUCCUGCCUUCAGACAGAUACAUACCUGGACCCUUUGCUCAAUUCCACACAAAUCACUCAACACUAUUUCCCAGACAGCUUCCAGGCUGCCCCUUUCUGCUUUAACCAGAGCCUGACCCCAGGUUCGCCUUCGGAUUCCUCCACUCUCUCUGGCUCCUUGGACUAUGGCUAUUCGCCAGCUCAGCUGCCUUCUUAUGUUCCAGAGAAUUACAGUUCUCCCCCCUCCCUGGACACCAGAAACUGUGGUUAUACCUCGGAAGACUGCUCCUACCCUCACCUGCCCUCGCACACCCAGUACAACUGCUCCUCCUUAGCCACCUCCUCAGUCUGUUACUGCGCUUCCUGCGAGGCCGAGCACUUGGAAGCCAUCAGAGCAUCAGAGUAUUUCCCCUACCCAAGCACAGACUACGUGGACUUCACUCCCUCGGCGGCAGCAGCCAGCGAUUUCUACAAAAGGGAAGCAAACUGCGACAUCUGCUAUAGUUAAUAGAAAUUACAUUCAUUUGGAACAUGGCGUGCAUGUAUUUUUCUACUCCAUCUAGAUGACACCUCAAAAUAUGCAACCUGUUACCAGAAUAUCACAAGGGCAGUUUACUUGUCACCAUUGUCAAUGUUCUGACGCUAACCCUUACGCAUUCACAUGAUACCAAGUCCUCAGUUCCGGUCUUAGUGCUACCCCCACUUUGUAUGCAUACAGUUUAAAUUUUUAUAGGGAACUUUCAAUUGUUUUACCAUUCUGUAUA